AUGGUGUCUCUCCGGUUCGAUUCGUUGCUGGCACGGCGAAGCAGUGCACAACGGACAACCGUCUAUGUAUCUACCAGACAGCAGGAUGAUGACGACGCUCUCAAGGGUCGCCAGGCGCCCGCUCCUGGUGAGGCUGGUUUCCUGUGGACAAGGGACGACGACGACGACAAGUUCCAAGCAGUAGAUGACGAUGAUGAAGACGACGACGAUUUCCCGACGUCAUUGCCACCUCCACCACCACCGGCCUUCACGCCACCACCGACUCUAACAUCAAGUUCAUCAAGCACAAAGUCAAGCAAAUCAUCUGAGACGGACACGGAUACCGACUCGGAUUCUAGCACCUCUACCACAUCAACAUCGCAAACCACGACACUGUCCAUCCCGCCGAUCUUGACUUCAACCCUAACAACCCCGACCAGCUCUCCCCAAGUAACCAGUCAGCCACAAACAAACCUACCAUUACUUACCAGCUCAGCACUGCCAAGCACAACCAGCAGUGGUGCGAUCUUUGUAGGGACGCCAGGUGGCCAGGAGACAGGAAAACAGCAGAGCGACCGUGGAGGCGACGAUGGACGGCCACGGGGGCCGAGCACCUCUUGCAAAGUCGCCAUAGCCUUCGGUGUCAUUGCCGCUGUAGGACUGAUUGUCGGAUUAUUCUGGGCGGCGAUUCUCAUCCGCCGACGCCGGCGUCGCCACGGCCAAGACGAAGUGAACCCUCGCGACUAUGCCUCUCGUAUUGGUCGGCGAAGCCGUUUCAAUUUCAACCUGCCAUCGAUACCACCAUUGCCAUUCUCCUUCACAUCUCCUCUCGAGCGAUUCUACAAGCCCAAGCCUGAGGCCAUCCCGAAACGUCAGGUCUCCAACCCAUUCAACGCAGUGCACGUCAGCGGCCACAGGAACGCUCGCUCUGACUCGUCUAUUCUCAACGAGGCCAUCCAGGCCGCCUAUCAAAUGAACGGCGGUAGCAAUGACGCGGUGCCACAAGGCUUUUUAGAUGAGAAGCGACGAGAUCCGAAUCAUCUUUUGCCACUGCUUGACCCGGAACCAAUCGAGCAGGCGAGUAUCAGGAAAAGUGUGGUCAGCUGGUUUAAGAGGUCCAGCAGACAUCAUCCACUCAAGCUAAACCCAUCGAGUGGAAACGCGAGUCUCCGCAGCUCCACAGGGAGCACCUUGACUGGCGGAAGGAGAAGCAGACCAGGAAGUCAGGCCACGCUGAGGACCGCCAGUUACCACUCCUCCUCAGGUGAUAGCGCUCUGGCGGAGAGCAGUGGCCCCAGGGGGAUGCAGGACGUUCCUCCUUUGCCAGACUUGGGACUGCAGAAGGCAUACACCAACAACACUGCGCCACCUGCGCCCUCACCAACCGAGUCGUCCAGCGAAUCUGUCACAGCACCACUACCGGUCUUUACCAGGGAUGACGCACAGGCGUACUACAAGUCGAUGUGGGCCGGCUCCUCCGUGUCGGGCGAGACCGAGCGCAUGUCAGCGAUGAGCUCGUGGACUGACGUGACGCGGACAACUAUGGCAGGUGGGCGUUCUAGCGCAAUGAACACCCCGGGCUUGUCACCACCGCCAAGCUUCCAUAUCAAUUCGAACAGAGGUAGCGCGUACCCAGAGACGCCCAUCACUCCUGGGUUUACGAGCACGACGGGUAGCGGCUCGGCUGAGGGCACGAGGACGAAGGAGGACCUGUAUGCGCUGUAUGCGCCGACGAGGGGCAGCGUAGCAGGGAGCGCAGUCGGCUUGGGGCUUCAACAGCAGCUGCAGCAGCAGCAGCAGUCACAAUCCAAGCCUGCGGAUAGUUGA